AGGCUCGGGACCGGUGCACCUCCUCAUACGUAUCGAGAUUAAACCGUCCCUGAACGCUGAACGGGCGUGUUCCAACGACACGAUGAUACAUAUCCUCCGACCGCAUCACCACCACCUCCGACCGCCUCCUCUGACCUCCAUGCAUCCUCGCGUCUGCCUUGUACUGCGCGGGGCCCAACUCUCAUCUUCACUCCACCACGCGACCACGGCCAAGUGAUCGCAGAGCUGGCGCCAACAAUGGACUUCGAGAUGGCCGACGAAUAUCACAUGCUCGAGGAGCUCGGCAGCGGCUCGUUCGGCACCGUCUAUCGCGCCUUGCACAAGCCCACGGGCGACUUCGUCGCCAUCAAACACAUCGACCUCGAGGGGAGCGAUGACGACAUCCGCGAGGUCCAGCAGGAGAUCUCCCUGCUGGCGACGUGCAGCUCCGAAUACGUCACCCGCUACCGGACCUCCUUCGUCCGCGGAGUGAAGCUUUGGAUCGUCAUGGAGUUCCUCGGCGGCGGCUCAUGCCUCGACCUGUUGAAGCCGUGUCCGAAGGGCCUGGACGAGCGGUACAUCGCCAUCAUCAUGCGGGAGCUCCUCUUCGGACUGGACUAUCUGCACACCACGGGCAAGAUCCAUCGUGACAUCAAAGCCGCCAACAUCCUCCUGUCGGAGACCGGCCAAGUCAAGAUCGCGGACUUCGGCGUGGCGGCCCAAUUGACGAACAUCAAGUCGCAGCGACUGACCUUCGUCGGCACUCCCUUCUGGAUGGCCCCGGAGGUCAUACAAGAGGCGGGCUACGACUUCCGCGCGGACAUCUGGAGCCUGGGGAUCACGGCGAUGGAGCUGGCGCUCGGCGAGCCGCCGCGCAGCGACGUCCACCCGAUGAAGGUGCUCUUCAUCAUCCCGAAGGAGAAGCCGCCGAGGUUGGAAGGGGCCCGCUGGACGAAGGAGCUCAAGGACUUCGUCGCCCUGUGCUUGAACAAAGAGGCGGAGAAGAGACCGAGUGCGAAGUCGUUGCUCCGACACCCUUUCAUCCGCCGCGCCGGCAAGACGGAGCUGUUGCAGGAGAUGGUCAUGCGGGCCAAACAAUUCGACGAGACCGGAAUGGAUCGCGAAAGGGACACGAGGUACUACGAGGAGACCAUGCGGUCGAUGAACCACGCCAUGGAAGAGGACGAGUGGGUCUUCGACACCAUCCGGCCCUCCGCUCAGAUCACCGUCCCGCAGCUGGUCGGGAAGCACACCCUGAAGCGACGCAAGCUCGAGCGCAUCCCGUCCGGCGACGCGUCUGAGAUGCAGACCACCCUCGCCGCGAUGGAGCAUCUCAGCAUCGAGGCGACGCCGCUCGGUCCGGGAUCCGCCCCCGUCACGCCGAUGAAGGAAGCGACCACGAUCCGGACGCCCAAGGUUCGAAACGUCAGCAGCACCCAGAGGAAGAUCUCGGCCAGCACCACCCGCAAGGUCUCCACCAACUCGCCCGCCACCCGACGCGUCAGUCGCCAGGUCUCCGGCAACACCCCGACGGCCCGCAGGGUCAGCUCACAGCACGUCGCACCCAAGCAGCCGCUGGGGCUGGACAUGUCGUUCGGGAACGGCAAGUCGACCGUCCGGCAGUUCAAGCGGGUCAGCUCCGGCAACCGACCGUGUUCCCCGUCGGACGACUACGAGCUGUCGUCGCCACAGGACAGCGUCUUCGACAGCGACGUCGAGAACAGGCCCCCCAAGUCGCAGCGGAUGCAGGGCCACGUCGUCGUCACCGCCACGAAGGAGUCGAUCUUGGGCCGACGCGCCUACGCCAAAUGCCUGGACCCCGCGCUGCAGGAGACCUAUGCCGCGAGCGGCGACCGCACGAAGCGCGAGGCCAUGAGCAGGCUCGCCGAAGCCUGGUCGCGGCUCGACGAGGUCGACCCGGAAGGCGAGCUGAUGCUGCUCAAGAGCAUCGUCGACCGCAUCCAGUCGGACCCCAAGCUCGCCGGCGUCCUGCUCCCGCAGAGGGUGGCCAGCGCCCAGCUCGCGUCCCUCCAGCAGUCCUCGCCGAUCAAAGCCAAGCUGCCCGGCAUGCCCGCGGCCGGCCUGCCGGCCCGGGACAUGACGCCCCAAGCAUCGCCCACCAAGUCGAACCCCGAGGGCGUCGCCUUCGGGACCCCGACGCGCUCGCCCAGCAAACACGAGAGCGGCAGCCCGGGCAAGCUGGUCCUCAACCCGCAGAACCCCCACCUCAGGAAGAUGCGCUCCAACCAGCAGCAGGCCCAGCCCGACCGCGAGAAGGAGAGGUUCGAGGAGAAGAUGCCCGGCGCCCGGGUCGAGCCGGGCAUGGAACACACCGGCAUGCUGGCCGACGUGCUCUACGGCCGAUGGACCGACGGGUUGAAGGUGCGCUGGCCCCUGGCCUGAUCGCGCUUGGCAUAUGCAUUCUGGAUGCGAGCGGCGGACGCUUUGUACUCAUUAUUGAUUUCCCCUCAUGGUUUUCGGCGCAAUUCGGGGUUCUUCCAGCGGCGCAUCAUCGUCAUUUCCCCACCUUCCUCUCUUUGUCCUUCUUCUUCUUCUUCUUCUUCUUCUUCUUCAUUUCACGCUUCUGCUUGAUGGAUGUUGCCACGGGCACGAUGACUUCACGCAUGGAGGGACUUGUGACGGCUCUUACACGAUCAAUGAAGCAAUUCUUUGGGGGGUGGCAUCGCUGGCUUUUGUUAUCACUGCCUUCGGCGCGCAGAUGGGCAAGCAGCUGGCGCGGAGGACGAACAGAUGGUUCUGUAGAAAAUUCUUAGUUCGAUCGACUCCAUAAUGAUAUUGCUACUUUCAUGGACGAGGAUCGAAAGAUCUCUCCUCCGCAGAUGACCAACGCGCACAGACUCGAUGUCGUCACAAUCGCUCAAAUUCAU